GACAUACAUAAGGCAUACAUAUAAAAGAUAUAAAAGCCAGUCGCUCCGCCCAAGUGCUCCACAAUCCGAAGUCAGUUAUGGUCGGUUGCGGGUCAAUUCGUGCGACGCUCUUGGGCCUCCGCCUCCUGCUGCCGCUCCUGCUAGCCAGGCUAGCCAGCAGCCAGCAGCUGCUCCUCGCGCGUCGAGAUCCGAGAUCCCUGUUCGCGGAGCAUCCGCUGGAGCAACUGCCGCCACUGGGCUGGAACAACGUGGGUGGUAGCUAUGGGGUGGGCCAGUGGGCCUACAACCCCGUUGGCCUGGGCCACAUGACCAAGGAUGAGCUGCUCACUUUGCUGGAGGCUUGGAAGGAGGUGGAGCAGGAGCAGGAAAAGUCGACUGCCCAGCCGGCGGAGUCCACGACGAAAAGGCCACCGCCACCGCCACCACCUCCUCCUCCUCCACCUCCCCCAACUCGCCCCAUUCCCAUGCCCAUGCCCAUACCCAUAUCUAUACCCAUGCCUGCUCCAGUUAUUCCCUCUGGCGCUCAAAUAACCGCUAGGCUACCAGCUUUUCUGCCUAUACGCCUGGCAGCCGUGUUUACUCCGCCUGGCGAUGCUGGAGCUGGUGGAGCUGCUCCUGGUGGUGGAGAUGAUGCCGAGGGAGGAGGAGAUGACCUGGCCACCGACAAUGGGCCGCGUGACGAUGCCUCGCCCCACCUCUUUCGCUUCAUGCCCAUGCCCAGGACCCAAUCCCAAUCCCAAUCCCAGCCCAGACAGCAGUUCGUGGUGAGAAACACCCUGGACAGCGUGGAUGCGGGCACUGCUCCAGUUCGGCAACAGGUGAAGCCGGAGGUCAGACCCAAAGCGGUUGCAGUUGCUCCUCCAACGUCCAUUUCCAAGGCUCCAGCUCCCUUCUUCCGCCCCAGAUUCGGUGUGCCACCGCAUCUGGCCCAUGCCCGCUUCGAACUGGUGCCCUCCUCCCAAGUCAUCGGAGAUUGGCGGGAAUGAUGCUGGACAUCCUGGCGAGAAACAUGCGGAUUUCACUAACCAAAUGAAAAGAACAUCUUCCGAAGGAGGCUUCCAUGUUAUUAGUCCAUCUCCAUUGCCUCCUUAAUUUUAUUUUAUUGUAUUAUAUAACAUUAUUUUGUGCUCCUAAAUAUAUAAUGGAAUUAGUCAUAGGCUAACAACAUACCAAAAAACGUCA